AUGACUCAGAGUGGUGACUCGGAUGAGCUUUGUCCUUGGACUCAUAUCCUUUUAAUAGUUCGUCUCAUUCGUUAUCACAGUACUUCUACUGGUAACUGGGCACCACUCUCCUGGCAUGUUGGUCGCACGACCUUGAUGUCAUCCAUUGGAUCCAUGGGCACAAAGCAUGCACCAGACUUCUUGCUGGUUCUCCCACCAGCGGUUAAACACAAAGUCUCACCAUGCGUACCAGUUGUGUUGGGAAAAGUUGAAAAGACAGUUCCUCCGAGUUUGGUGUCGUCAACCAGGAAAUUUCCGUUGUUCUGGAGUCGCAUGACCUCGAUGUCAUCCGUUGGAUCCAUGGGCAUGAAGCAUGCACUGGACUGCUUACUGCUUCUCCCACCAGCGGUUAAACGCAAAGUCUCACCAUGCGUACCAGUUGUAAUGCUGCAGUUCGGUGUCGUCGACCAGGCAAUCUUCGUUGUUCUGGAGUCGCACGACCUCAAUGUCAUCUGUUGGAUCCAUGGGCAUGAAGCGUGCACCAGACUGCUUACUGCUUCUCCCACCAGCGGUUAA